GACCUCCUCGCAGAAACUCUCGUCUCGACCGUCACCCGCUCUCAUCUCCUUCUGAGCGAUGGCUCGUCGUAUCCAGUCGCUGUCAAGUCCGCGACGGUUCUGCGCAAGUUCACGAAGGAGCCGCACGACAUCAAAAAGGAGCUCCGGCUGCUGUCGAUGCUGUCUCACCAUGCCAUCAUCAAUAUCCUCGGCCAUGUUAUCGACGAGUCCACUCACACACAGAGCUUCUGGAUGCCCUACAUACCGAUUUCCCUCCGAGACCUCUUGUCCUCCCCGCGUUUCUGCCCAGCAUCAUAUAUCCCACCACACUCAGCCCCCGUCGAACAUCCGGCCAACUCAUCAUUCAUCAUAGUCGCCAAAUCUCUCAUGUACCAAAUCACUUGCGGCAUCGCAUUCCUCCACGGCGAGCCCAGGGGCGUCGCGCACCGCGAUAUCAAGCCCGGCAAUAUCCUCCUGACGCAGGACGGCCUCGUCAAGCUCGUAGACUUCGGCGUCUCGUUCAGAGAGCGCGAGGCCGCGGCCGAGACGCAGGACGACAUAUGGUCGGAGGGCGCGCAGAACAUGUACUUCGAAGUGGGCACCGGACCGUACCGCGCGCCAGAGCUCCUCUUUGGCACGCGAUCGUACGACCCGCGCGCCUCCGAUUUAUGGAGCCUCGGCGCGACGUUUGCAGAGUUCUUCACCACCCUCCGCCUGCUCGACACGAGCGACUCCGACUUUGACCUAGACGGCGCGGACGCGGACGCCGAGUACGACCCCACGCAGCCGUUCGCCAUCGCCGAGAGCCGCUUGGACUGGGCGCGCAUGGAGUGGGAGCGGUGCGCGCUGUUCGACGCCAGCAGAGGCGAUAUCGGGCUCGCGUGGAGCAUAUUCAAGACGCGCGGGUCGCCGAGCGCGUACAGUUGGCCGACCUUCUUGGAUCUCCCCGACGCGCCCAAAGUGACGUUCAGAGACGCGCCAGGCGUCGUGCUCGCCACGCUGCUCCCGCACCUGCCGUCGCACGAUCGCGAGCGGAAAGAAGGCUCGGGCGACCGCGAUCCGCUGCAUUUUCCGCCUCAGGAAAUGUCGCCCACCCCGCUCGACUUGAUCCAUCGGCUUGUCGUCUACCCUCCCUCGUCAAGGCUCGCGGCCGUCGACGCGCUGCGACAUCCUUGGUUCACAGAGGAUGCUCCAUUGCUACUUCCUGAAUCAGGAAUGGACCUACCGCCUCAUGCUCAAACGACAUGGCAGGACAAACCUCUAGCAUGCUGGCUGGGCGCGCUCCUGCCGGUAGCAGAGGAAAGGCUAGGUGUAGACGCAGACUCAGAAGAGGACGAUGAAACCAAUCCGAUAGUAUAG